AUGAUUAUGGAGUUCACAGCCUCGUCUAUUGAUGACUUUAAUCCAAAUCAAAGGAAGCAGCAGCAGCAGGAGGCUGGAGUGAUGAACAUUUCCCUGAAAUUUCCCUGUGGGCGUCCUAAUGGUUCUGUUCUCAGCAGGAACAAAGAGGAAACUUUCAAGCAUUUAAUUGUGGUUUUUAUCUCUCUUUCCUCAGCACAAGCAGACUUUGCCCCCUACUUUUACGACAACGGUCCUUACAGCCAAAAUGGAAACCUGGCACUGUUCAGCCUCUCUGAGGACACGCCCGUCGGCACACAGAUCUACUCACUCAAUGGCACAGAUCCUGAAGGCCAAGAGGUGAGCUACGGCCUUUCCUUCGAUCCAGGGUCCAAAGAGUACUUCAGAGUCGACCCCGUAUCAGGAAACAUCACACUGGUGGAACAGCUGGACAGAGAGAAACAAGAUUCCAUUGAUGUUCUUGUCAGCAUCACAGAUGGAAAAAGCAAGGUUGUUGAAAGAGUCACAAUAUUUGUCAUGGAUGCAAACGAUGAAAAGCCUGAAUUCCAGAACAUGCCAGCUAUUAUCGAUGUACUCGAAACCAUGGAACCUGGCAGCAGCAUUUACAAAGUGGAGGCUGUGGACCGAGACACCGGCUCGGGUGGCUCAGUCACCUAUUACCUCCAGAAUCCUCAGUCCACUUUGUUUACCAUCGACAGACAUAGUGGAGUCCUGCGUCUGAGAGCGGGGGAGAUGCUGGACUAUGAAAAAACAAAGACACACUUUGUUAACAUCAUUGCAAAGGAUGGUGGUGGUAAUUUUAAUGGCAGGGAGCAGUUUCUGUCAUCUUCUGCCACCCUCACGGUCAAUGUGAUUGACGUUCAGGACACGCCACCAGUUUUUAUUGGGAUACCAUACUUUGGCUACGUCUAUGAAGUCUCAGUGCCAGGUUCUGCAAUAUUCAUCGUAGAAGCCAAAGAUGGCGAUGUUGGAAACCCAAACCCGAUCCGUUAUUCCUUUGAGGAAGGUGAUGAUGGCGUUUUCAGCAUCAAUAAAACCAGUGGAGUGAUCACCCUGCUGUCUCACCCCAUGUUUCUGAAGAGAGAGAUCUUCAACAUUAAAGUCAGGGCAUCAGAGGUGAGUCCUGAAGGCAGACCCCUGGACUAUGAGGUGACCACUGUGGUGAUCCGUGUGGUGGACCUGAACAACAAUCCACCCACGUUCUAUGGGGAAAAAGGGCCACAGAACAUUUUUGAGCUCACCAUGUAUGAACAUCCACCAGAGGGAGAGAUACUGCGGGGGCUGAGAAUCACCGUCAACGACUCCGAUCAGGGUGCUAAUGCGAAGUUCAAUCUAAGGCUUAUCGGCCCAGGAAGGAUGCUGCGAGUCGUCCCUCAGACGGUGCUCAAUGAGGCCCAAGUCACAAUCUUAGUAGAAGAUUCAGCUGCCAUGGACUAUGAGAAACAUCAUUUCCUCACAUACAAGCUUCUUGCAGUUGAAAUAGAUACACCUGAGAGAUUCAGUGCCACAGCCGAUAUUGUCAUUCAUCUCCUGGACACCAACGACAACGCUCCCAAAUUCUCCUCUGAUUACUACAUUGCCAGAAUUCCAGAAAACUCACCCGGUGGUUCCAAUGUGGUGUCAGUCACGGCAUCAGACCCAGACUCGGGACCUUGGGGUGAUGUGCAGUACUCUAUCUAUGGAUCAGGGGCUGACUUGUUCCUGAUACAGCCGACUACCGGGAUCAUCUAUACACAGCCGUGGGCGAGCCUGGACGCAGAGGUGAGGUCCAAGUACAACUUUUAUGUGAAGGCAGAAGAUGCAGAAGGGAAAUACAGCCUGGCUGAGGUAUUUGUGACUGUGCUGGACCUGAAUGACCACUCACCCGCUUUCAAUGACAACUUCCUGGAGACUACAAUGGUGAUUGGAGCGCCAGUGAAAAUAGAGGCUAUAGAUGAUGAUGCAGAGGUCCCCAAUAACGUUAUCGAGUACGCCAUCAUGAAAGCUGAGCCAGACAACAACAUCUUUGACAUUAACGCUGACACGGGGGAAAUCAUGCUGAAGUCUUACAUCAAGUCCAUGGCCAUCAUCCAGAACAUCACCAAGCAGAGUGACUGCACCUGGUCUCUGGUGGUGCAAGCCCGGGACCGAGGCCAACCGUCCUUCAGCACCACUGCUGUCAUCAAGAUCGACAUCACUGAAGCUACCCAACUCAGUGGGGGGCCUUUGGGAACAUUUUUGAUGCAGAGUAGAAACAAGCCCUUGCAUGUCGUAGCCUUGCUCGCUGGUGUCAUUAGUGUCAUGGUCAUAGUCACAGUCAUCAUCUCCACUGCAACUUUCAUGCGCAACAAAAAGUCCAACCGCAUCCUCCCUAACCGCCGCGUGAGGAGAAGGCAGCGGAACCAGUCCACCUGGAACUUCAAAAACCCCUUCAGGAAACCGGAAAACCCGGGACAGAGAUUCAGGGUGCAGGAGGAGAUGGAGCGCGAGCCAGAGGUCAUCGUGGAGAACGCCAACUACAACAACAACGUCAGCAACGUUGUCAGACAAUGGCCCCCGCCUCCGCCGCCCUGUGCCCCAUCCCUGCCGCCACCUCCACCGCCCAGCUUCUCAGGCGAGAGGCACUGGGCGGUACCCACCGUCUCAGCAGUAGUGGCAGCAAAACCUAAAAGGAGGCCGGUGACGCCCCGGCGGGACACUGUGAACACCGCGCUGGUGUCAGAGCUCAAGAUGAGACUGGAACAGAAGAGGAUGCAGAACCAUCAGUAA